AUGGCAGAAAACAACGACGAAACAUGUUCUGAAACUUCACCACCCUCAAACAGGUGCACAUACUUGUUUCAUAGAUUAUGCGGUUCCUGGAACAAAAACACCGCACCAACAUGCCCAAGUCGAAAAAUGUUUCAUAGGGACGUCGAAAAAGAAGAAUUUCAGUAUGCCAGUAGCCACUGUCUCUCAUCCUACUACAGUGUCUUCGUUGUUCGACUAGCAAUCAUGGUCAUGCUAGCAAUCUUGAUAGGGCUGCUCACAAUAUUGACAUGGCAUUUCACAAAGAUUUAUACAACGAAAUCACUUAAAAGUUUGGCAUAUGGUUUGCGUUAUGAACUUUUGCAAAGACCUGUUUUGAGAAUGUGGAACAUUUUAAACUCUACUUCCGAAAUUACAACAGCUCAGGUCAAAUUGUCUCAGUAUGUGAUCAAACGUUACAGCAACCCUGCGACUCAAGCAGAGCAAGUUGAGCUUUAUGAAGCAAUGAGGGCUGUAACAUGGGCAUUGUUUGUUAGUCGAAAAGCUCUCAACUCAAUAACUAUCAAUUAUAAGAAUGGAUUUGUCCAAGCAUUCCAUAGAGAUCUGAAGGAUAACAACACAUUUUACAUUUACUCUGAUCUUGCAAAUUACUCCAUGGGUGCCAGCAACUCUAAUGAGAUCAAUUCCUUUUCAACACACCAAGCUUGGGAUGACAAAGCCAUCCAUGGUAACUAUUCUGCAAUUUGGUAUCGUGAACCACUUGACCCUAUUAGUGGUGAAAAGAUUGGAAAAGCUAUGCAAAUUGCACCCGAAGACUUGAUCAAUAUAGCUGGCCUUUCCCAGGUACCUGAUGGUGUAGCUUCAUGGCAUGUUGCGGUGAGCAAGUUUACAGAUUCACCAUUACUUUCAGCAGCAUUACCAGUUUGGGACUCUUCUAAUAAGACUAUUAUGGCUGUUGUGGGUGUCACAACUGCACUCUAUAGUGUAGGACAACUAAUGAGAGAACUCGUUGAACUGCAUAGUGGCCAUAUGUAUUUGACUUCUCAAGAGGGUUAUUUACUUGCAACUUCCACAAGUGCACCUCUAUUAACAAAUUCAACAAAGCCACCUAAGCUUAAGAUGGCUGUUGAUUGUGAAGAUGAUAUAAUACGACAAGGAGCUGAAUGGUUACAAAGAACUUAUGGGAACAAUUUUCCUCCAAGUCAUGAGGUUCAUGUAGAGAAUGUUAAGCUAGGCCAUCAGGAAUAUUACAUUGACUCUUUCUUCCUAAAUUUGAAAAGACUUCCUUUGGUCGGUGUAAUCGUUAUACCAAGAAGGUAUAUCAUGGGGCAAGUAGAUGAAAGAGCCUUCAAAACAUUGGUUAUUUUGAUAUCUGCAUCAUUGUGUAUUUUAGUUAUUGGAUGUGUUUGCAUUUUGAUUUUGACAAAUGGAGUAUCAAAGGAAAUGAAUCUAAGAGCAGAACUAAUAAAUCAAUUGGAAGCAAGAAGAAAGGCAGAGGCAUCAAGCAAUUACAAAAGUCAAUUCCUUGCAAACAUGAGUCAUGAAUUGAGGACACCUAUGGCAGCAGUAAUUGGGUUGCUUGACAUUCUUAUAUCUGAUGAUUGUCUCACAAAUGAACAAUAUUCAACAGUUACUCAAAUAAGAAAAUGCUCAACUGCUCUGCUCCGUCUUCUUAACAAUAUCUUGGACCUGAGUAAGGUGGAAUCUGGAAAAUUGGUCUUAGAAGAUGCAGAAUUUGAUUUGGCACGGGAACUUGAAGGGCUAGUAGAUAUGUUUUCUGUUCAGUGCAUUAACCACAAUGUAGAGACUGUUUUAGACCUGACUGAUGACAUGCCAAAGGUAGUUCGGGGUGAUUCUGCGAGGGUAGUGCAAAUAUUUGCCAAUUUGAUCAACAAUUCAAUUAAGUUUACUCCAUCGGGUCAUGUUAUUCUCCGAGGAUGGUGUGAAAAUCCAAAUCCUUCUUUUGUUUCUCCAAAUCGUCCUUUAGACCAGAAGAAAUCACGAAAUUUACAAAAGAGCAAAGAGAAGCCAAAUGCAAAUCAUUCAAAGAAAACAUCAAUGAAAGAUAACAAAGUGAUACUUUGGUUUGAAGUUGAUGACACAGGCUGUGGUAUUGAUCCAAGCAAAUGGGAUUCUGUGUUUGAAAGCUUUGAGCAAGCUGAUCCGUCAACCACAAGAUUGCAUGGAGGAACUGGUCUUGGUCUUUGCAUUGUUAGGAACUUGGUGAACAAGAUGGGUGGAGACAUUAAGGUUGUCAAAAAGGAGGGCCCAGGAACACUAAUGCGAUUAUGCUUGCUUCUUAGUGCACCAACGGAUGUCACGGAACAACAUUGUGCAAUAAACUUGAAAUGCAAUGGCUUAGUGGUACUACUUGCACUACAUGGCAAAAUGAGUCGAUUGAUUACAUCUAAGUGGUUACAGAAAAAUGGACUGUGCACAAUGGAAGCAUCUGAAUGGAACGGACUAACUCAAAUUUUGGGGGAACUCUUUCAUGCAAGAAGUUCAAUCCACAAUAAUGACUUUGAUACACACUAUCCAACAAAUGAAGAAUUGAAGUCUAAACUCCUCAAUAUACGAGAUAUGAGGAACCCAACUUUUGUCAUUAUUGUUGACAUUGGGCUACUUGACUUAAGCACAGAUAUAUGGAAGGAACAACUUAACUUCCUUCAUAGGCACUUUGGUAGGGCAAAGUUCGUAUGGCUACUAAAUCAUGACACCUCCAAUACCAUAAAGAUGGAGCUCCGCAAUAAAGGCCAUAUGCUGAUGGUCAACAAACCCCUUUACAAAGCAAAAAUGAUUCAUAUUUUGGAAACUGUCAUAAAGGAGAGAAAUCUUGAGCUACAAAAGAAAGACAUGACUACUCUAAGGACCACAAUGAAAGAGGGUGAUUUGCAUGAGUUUCUUGAUAUUGAUUCUACUCAUUUUGAUGCUGCAAGUUCUGAUGAUUCUGACAUAUCUGAAAUAGGUGGUUCUAAUCCUGUUAGUGCUAAUGGAGAUAAAUCAAGUAAAGUGGUAGCCAAAUCCCAUCCAUCAUCACCAUGCCAGAUGAAUAAUUUUCCAGUUAGAUUAACUGAUAAAAAUGAAGAUUCUAAAAAUGGAGAAACACACAAGGUCACUAACCCAAGUAAAGCAGUAGAUGGAAAGAAAUCUCUUGAGGGCCUAAGGAUUUUGCUUGCAGAAGAUACGCCAGUACUUCAAAAGGUUGCAACCAUAAUGCUUGAAAAAAUGGGAGCUGUUGUUGUUGCUGUAGGUGAUGGACAACAGGCAGUAGAUGCUCUCAAUUGCAUGCUCAAUGCUGAAGAUUGUAGCAGAGAAUCUUUCCAGAAGGAAAGAAACACAAGAUCUCAAACAAAGAUUUUGACUUACCAUCCAUAUGACUUAAUCCUAAUGGAUUGUCAGAUGCCGAAGAUGGAUGGUUAUGAGGCAACAAAAGCAAUUAGGAAAUCAGAAGCGGGAACAAACUAUCACAUUCCUAUUGUUGCUCUUACAGCACAUGCAAUGUCAUGUGAUGAAGCCAAAUGCUUGGAGGUGGGCAUGGAUGCUUACUUAACAAAGCCGAUUGACUUCAAGAUGAUGGUGUCCACCAUUCUUUCACUUACCAAGAGAGCAUCUUGA